UGGCAACACCGUGAUACCUCCAUCUUUUUUGUCACGAUGCCUCCCAAGAAGCAACCAGAGAAAUCCGGGUCUGCCGGGGCCAAGCCCGCGGAGAAAAAACCCGCUACUUCUAAAACACCUGCGGCAGCACCCAAAGCCGCUUCUACAAGUAGUGCCCCUAAGCCAGCUACUGCGAAAACACCAGCACCAGCGCCCAAGGCAGCUGCUCCUAAGGCGGCGCCAGCUGCUAAACCUGCUGCAGCUAAGCCAGCCUCAGCCCCGGCGGCCAAGCCAGCUGAAAAGAAAUCUUCUGCUGCACCUACUGCAAAACCUGGCUCUGCUAAAGCUGCCGCCAUCAAGACCAAGUCCAGUGCUAAGCCUUCAGAGAAGAAAGCGGCGGCAGCUUCCAAACCUAGCAAGCCAAAGCCUGCAGCUGCCAAGCUCAAGAUCGCUCCUAAGCCUAAGAAAACAGGCAUCAAAGGCCAAAAAAAAGUUGUAAAACCUGUGGUCAAAGCACUUAAAGCUCAAAGAAAGGUUGUCAAGGGUGAACAUGGCAAACGAGUGCGUAAAAUUCGCACAUCUGUGCAUUUCCGCCGGCCCAAGACUUAUGAGCCACCAAGGCAUCCCAAAUACCCAAGGAAAUCCUUGCCAAAGAGAAAUCGCAUGGAUGCCUAUAACAUCAUAAAAUUUCCAUUGACUUCGGAAGCAGCAAUGAAGAAGAUUGAAGAUAACAAUACCUUGGUAUUUAUUGUUCACACCAGUUCAAACAAACACCACAUUAAAGCUGCAGUUAAGAAACUGUACGACAUUAAUGUUGCUAAAGUGAACACCCUUAUCAGGCCCGAUGGCAAAAAGAAGGCAUAUGUUCGACUUGCCAGGGACUACGAUGCAUUAGAUGUCGCUAACAAAAUUGGCAUCAUAUAAAUAUGCUAUAUUAUAUUUUAUAAGAAUAAACACCAACAAAAUG